ACAAUUCUAAUCUGUAUAAAGAAUCCAUCCCAACAAUACAUAAAAGUGAUAUAGCAAUUUCUGGAACUUCCAUGCAAAGUCUGGGUCUAACACCAUGUGUAGUUAUAGAUAUUACUCAAGGUGAAAUAAAACGUUGUAAUAGUACAAUGAAUCUAUGGCAUUUGUGGCAAAUAGUUGAGACAUGGGAAAUAGAUGUAGACGCAGUCAAAGAUGUUGAGAAUUCAUUUUCUGAGGAACCUAUUGCAAGAAAAUCGCAUUCGGAUAAAAGAAUCACAUGUACCGAACUUGAAAAGCAUCAUAAUGAUACAAAGGAUGCUUUAAGACUUAUUGAAAAAUGGUUAAUCUCAAUAUCAGAAUCAGACAACCAAAAACUACAAGAAAAAUUCUUAUCUCAAAUAUCCUCAACUAUUUUUAAUGAUGUAACAAUCGAAAACUCAUCAGAACUUCCAAGUAAAUUACUUAUUAGAACGGUAAUGAGACUGAAAGAAGUUGAAUUAGACAGGUUGACAAAAACAAAGUCUCUCAUAACUCCAAACAAGGCUUCGAUGAUGGGAGAAAAAUUAGGAAGAGAAAUUUUAUAUUCAUGUUCUGAAAUUAAACAAAAUAUCAGCCAAUUAGAAAACCCAAGCUCGUAUGAGCAUUAUGUAUAUGCAUUAUCUAUUUUUAUUCGCAACUUCUUUCAAGCUCUUUUCACGGUAUUACAACAUAAACUAACAGUCAUCAAUAAUAAGAGACGUCAACACCAUGAAUUCAUUGACCAACCACUUUUUGGAGAGUCUUCGACUACUAAUGACCUUUUGAUGAUGUACGAGACUAUUUUAAAUGAAUUAGUAGCAACUCUCAUAAAUGAAUUUAAGAUAAAAGAUGUGUUCACCGAAUUCACCAAGUAUGUGCCUAUAGGUUGCAAUAUUCCACCACCAAAUGUUGUUAUAUUAGAACCUGGUGACCUGCUAAAUUGUAAUGAAAAUGUUCAUGCUGCAUGUGAAAUGUAUCAGACUCACAACGAUGUCAAACUUCUUUUAGGUCAGUGGCAUACAUCUAAAGACAUGUGCUGCACUUUAAUUACGAUAUCUUCAGGAUACGGAAUUUUCAAUCUUGCAGCAACUCUUGGUGUAAAAUAUUUAGAGAAGUUUGAACUUUAUUCAAAAAAUAAAGGAAUAACAAUGAACCAAAUUUUGGAUAGUCAUAAAAUUAGAAUUAAAAGAGAAAAUUAUAGAAUGCAGAUGGCAAAUUUAGCUGCAUUCGCACCUCUAUUUUUUGCAGCUGGAAAAUUUAAAUAUGCAAGUGCUGUAGCACAUUUUUUAGCUCAGAUUCACGAUGAUUCACAGCUGCAAAAAUUGUUAAAAACGGUAUGUUCAGUAAACCUUACAAGUGAUGGACAUUAUUUGGCUUUUGAUGAAGCACUUGAAACUUAUGGUGUAAAGUUUAUCAAGCAAAACAUAAUAGGCAAUCUCACUGAUCAACAAACCAUGAUGCUGAAGAUUAAGGCAGCCCAGAGUAAAAGAAAUUGUUUGUCAAUGCUUCUUGCCGAAUAUAUUAACAAUGUUGUAAUAAGCCAAAAUGUCUGUGCAAUCAAAUUACGCAAAGAUUUACUCUGGUUUCUAGCAACAGAGUUAUUGUCUGUUUUCAAUUAUCCAAAUCCUACAAUUCACUUUAUAUUCGAAGAUGUUCCAAAAACUAGUGAAGAUGGUAUUAAAAAUAUUCUUUCCUUUUAUGAAUCCAGAAAAUCAUGUUUUCAACAGGUACUUGCGGAAGAUGUAUACAAGACUGAAAUUCUAGCUCCUGAAUGUAGUUUAUAA